UUAAUACAUAUAUAACUCCACACAACAUUAAUUUUACAUAUGCAAGAAAGUUAUAGGUCACAAAAUUAAGAUUUUUUGAAAAAUGGAAACACAACCUAAGGAAAAAUCUUCUCCACAUGUGCUAAUCUUCCCAUGUCCAGCACAAGGCCAUGUAAAUUCAAUGCUAAAGCUAGCUGAACUUCUUGCAAUUCAAAACAUCUACAUCACUUUCCUCAACACCAAAUACAUCCAUAACCGACUCAUACAAUUCAAUGAUGAUAUUCAAGCUCUUUUAGAAUGUUACCCUAAGCUUCAAUUCAAGACUAUCUCUGAUUUUCAUAGUGAAGAGAAGCAUCCUGGAUUUGGAGAAAGGAUAGGUGAUGUAAUUACGUCACUGAGUUUGUAUGGUAAGCCUUUGUUGAAAGAUAUAAUUGUCUCCGAGAAAAUAAGUUGCAUUAUUUUGGAUGGAAUAUUUGGUGAUCUUGCUACUGAUUUGGCUGCUGAGUUUGGAAUACAAUUGAUUCAUUUUCGUACUAUUAGUUCUUGUUGCUUUUGGGCUUAUUUCUGUGUUCCAAAGCUCUUGGAGUGCAAUGAACUUCCAAUUAGAGGAGACGAAGACAUGGAUCGAAUCAUAACAAACAUUCCAGGCAUGGAAAACAUACUUCGCUGUAGAGAUCUUCCAAGUUUUUGUCGAGAAAACAAAAAAGACCAUAUCCGUUUAGAUGAUGUUGCACUUCGAACCAAACAAUCACUUAAAGCAAAUGCAUUCAUACUCAACACAUUUGAGGAUCUAGAAGCCUCAGUCCUCUCCCAAAUUCGUAUUCACUUCCCUAAACUCUACACCAUAGGCCCUCUUCACCACCUCCUCAAUACAACCAAAAAAUCAUCAUUUCCAUCAUCUUUUUUCUCUAAGAGCAAUUUCUUCAAAGUGGAUAGAACCUGCAUGGCGUGGCUUGACUCUCAACCAUUGAAAUCAGUUAUAUAUGUUAGCUUUGGAAGCACUACACCAAUGAAGAGAGAAGAAAUAAUUGAGAUUUGGCAUGGUUUAUUGAAUAGCAAAAAACAGUUUUUAUGGGUGAUUAGGCCAAACAUGGUACAAGAAAAAGGAUUAUUAAGUGAGCUUGAGGAAGGGACUCGUAAGGAAAAAGGUUUGAUUGUUGGGUGGGUCCCACAAGAGGAAGUUUUGUCACAUAAGGCAAUUGGUGCUUUUUUGACACAUAAUGGGUGGAAUUCAACUUUGGAAAGUGUGGUUUGUGGUGUGCCUAUGAUAUGUUGGCCUUAUUUUGCUGAUCAACAAAUUAAUAGUAGGUUUGUGAGUGAUGUUUGGAAACUUGGGUUGGAUAUGAAAGAUGUUUGUGAUAGGAAGGUUGUGGAGAAUAUGGUGAAUGAUGUUAUGGUGAAUAGGAAGGAGGAGUUUGUUAGAUCAGCAAUGGAUAUAGCUAAGUUGGCAUCCAAGAGUGUGAGUCCUGGUGGUUCCUCCUACAACAACUUCCAAGAUUUAAUUCAAUAUAUAAGGUCUACUAGCCCGUAAAAUAAGGGCAUUGCUUUUUCCAUGCCUCAUUAGCAAAAACUUCUCUUAUUUUUAGAAUUAUGUCAAACAUAUAUGAGUAUAAGAGUUUCACAUUGAAUCAAAAUUUGAGUGUUGAACAAUAUAUAAAUAUAGGAUCCAUAUAUCAAAUAUCUUAAGCUUCGAAUAAAGAAGUGAUGUUUAAACUA